GUGCGUAUGGCGACAGCACUGAGGAGAGCCGGAAGUACUGGAACUGAAUCGGACUCCGCGCUCGGGUCACGCGGGGAGAACUGCAACGAUUUGGUGAACGAAUCUUUAUAGUGAACUGAUUCCAACGAUUCAGUACACCGAAAAGAACGGUUUUUCCCAUAACCAGAUCACGUGUCCCUCUUUCUCCCCCCGUAUCUAUCUCGCUCUGCCUCACAUGACCUGAGUGUUUGUCCUCGUGAUCACUCACUUCCACCUCAGUCUGUGUCACUCACUGAAUAUCACGUUUUUUUUCCGCGCUCACCCUGAUGGAUAUGCUCGAACAGAGUCUGGACACCGUAAGCCAAGAAAAACAAGAAGAAGAAGUGGACCAGGGAUCUGAAGACGCAGCAGGAGACGAUCAGGGCAGCGUGUCAGUAGCCAGUGUUCAGCAGGCUGCAGCGUUUGGAGACCACAACAUACAGUAUCAGUUCCGCACAGAGGGUGGGCAGGUCACGUACCGGGUCGUCCAGGUCAGCGACCAGCACCUCGACGGACGCGACGAUGGCGGCGGAGCGGUGAGCGUCGUCUCAGCGGCUGCUUUCUCUGCAGCUCCUCAGGCCGUCGCUCAGGCUGUGAUCCAGAACCCUUUCAGUAAUGGUGGAAGUCCAGCAGGAGAGGCGGUGGGAGGGGAGACACGCUUCGCUUACUUCCCAGCGUCGGCGGUGAGUGAAGGGACGGUGUCUGUGCAGGCCGCCGCUGACCCCGCGCUCACACAGGCGGGAGCCACAGGUCAGUUCUACGUCAUGAUGACGCCGCCUGACGUCAUUCAGACAGGAACGCCACGCACCAUCGCCCCACGCACACAGUCCUACUCUGCGAGUGAGAGUGAGCUGCUGCAGCGCGACGAUUUAAACUGGAAAAUGGAUGGACCUCGAACACCCAGAGAUGAAAGGAGGAGAGCGCAGCAUAAUGAAGUUGAGAGGCGGCGGAGAGACAAGAUCAACAACUGGAUCGUGACGCUCUCCAAGAUAAUCCCAGACUGCAACGUGGACAGCACCAAGACCGGAGCAAGUAAAGGAGGCAUCCUGUCCAAAGCGUGCGACUACAUCCGCGAGCUGAGGCAGAGCAACCAGCGUCUGCACGAGAGCGUGAAGGAGGUGGAGAGGAUACAGGUGGACAACGAGCUGUGUCGACAGCAGAUUGAGGAGCUGAAGAACGAGAACGCUCUGCUGCGAGCUCAGCUGCAGCAGCACGGCAUCGAGGUGGUCGGAGAGACGCCGCCGCCGCAGUGACGCAGCGAUGACACGCACACACACGGGGACGCUCGUGACACAUCAACCAACGCGGCGGCGGCGGGAGAGUAAAAAAAACCACGGCAGCAAGACAGCAAGGACUUUGUGCGUUUUUUUGAACCCUUCACUGAUCGGGGGCCGCGGCUGUUGUCGACUGUUGGAUCGCAUCGAGAUAAUUUGCAGCAUAGUAGAAAACAAAGACGGAGACGCCUCCUCACUCACAGACUGUCUCAUGUUUGUCCUUUCACUUCCUUCUGCCCCCCGCCGAUAUUAACUUUGACUUAGUUCAUGCUUUUAUUGUGUUCUUUUAAAGUUGUCUUAUUAUUAUUAAUAUUGUUGUUUUUAGCUGCUUUAAUUUAUUAGUGCGCAUGUUAAGAGAAGCCACACACACACGGCUGAUUGAUGUAAAUACGCCGUGUCAUGUUUUAAUACAGAUGUUACAGGAUGAUGCAGCAGACUUUUCUCUGGGAGUAAACAAUCAAUAACCUCCAUGACCUUCAUGUUGGCCCGUUGUCGUCAUCGUAAUCAUCAACGUUGCUCGUGUUCGUUAAACCUGGCACCAGGUUCUUUUAGCCCCUCCCCCUCUCGCUGAUGAAUUUGUGAAGGAAAAUUUAAACACCAACCUUGAAUCACUUGUUUGUGAGCUCAAAUAAAAACACACGCACACAUCAUUACAGACUUUUAAAGGGAUAGUUCAGGUGUUUUUUGUUGUAUGUGUGAACCUGAGAGCUCACAUCAGAUAUUUGCUCUCAGUCAUAGCAGGAAAAACAUGGAAAAAUCUGAUUUUAGACUUGCCUGAACCCUACAGUCAAGUAUCUUUCCACCACCCUUUAAAUCCAUAUUUCUUUUGUGCAUUUUCAUUACAAAGGGAUCAAGACGACUCAUCGUUUGAUGUUUGUUCUGUUGUUUUGAUGACAGGACCCCGAGUGGCAGCAGUUACAUACUAUGCAUUUAAGUCUGCGAUAUCUUUAAGAACAUGUUCACGUCUUUACACAGGAGCUGCUGGUUUUAUUAUUUUAAAUGCCAAAUUCACUAAAACAAGACACUUGAACUUGGUGAUAGAGGCAGCAGUGGAUCAACAACUCCUAUGUGCUGUGAUGUUAAAAUCACUGAUUUUCUCUAUGGGGUUUGGUGUGGGAGAGUGAGUGGUUUACAAACUUCAGUUUUCUGUUUGAAAAGUCUGUCGAACAGUGAGAUAAAGACGUGAACAUGUGACGUAGAUAGCAUAGACGUAACCUAAACUCACACAAGUCUUUUGGAAAGUGGCUAAAAACUUUUUUUUCUCGUGUCUCUGCUAACAGCCUGUAACAGACUGUCUUACAACCUUAAAACCCUGCUUUAUCCCUUUAAUGCAUCUUAUUUCUGACUGUACAUUUAAAGCUGUGUAUGGAAGUUAUGACUGAUGAUGUUGAAAAUGAAUCCUCAGCAAGAAAAGACGUCAAUAAUUCUCCAGAAAACAUGUUCACACAUAAAGUCAUGUUUUUCAUUCAUUUCUUUUUAAAUGGUAGGAGUGUGGAAAAAAAACAAACUUGCUUCCUGUCUGCAGCAACCUCACUGUUCUCAGGUUCAAUAGUAAACAAAUAAAUAAAUCACUUUUUACAAUAAAAUUAAA